AUGGGUUUUAUAAAGGAGAUUCACUUGGAGAAAGAUCGCUGGCAAGGGUACAUAAAAGAUUAUGAUGGAGGAAUCCUUAUGGAAUGCAAAAUUGAUCCAAAGCUUCCAUAUAUUGACUUGUCAACUAUGAUUCGCCGCCAGAGACAGGCAAUUGAUGAAAAGAUAAGAGAGCUCUCGAACUGUCACAUUGUUUAUCCGGGGAUUGACUUUCAAAAGAAAGAAGCUGGUAUUCCUAAGAAACCUGUCAAAGUUGAGGACAUUCCUGGUUUGCGUAAGUUUUUCAUCAUCCUUCAUAUUUUUGUUGAUUCACUCAACUCUGCCCAUUUUUUUUUUCAUGUUUUCCAUUUCCUCUAUACUUACUCUCUUGUCAUUGAUGUCUGCCCAUUCACCCUUGAUGAGUUUGCUCAAGCAUUUCAUGACAAGGAUUCCUUGUUGCUUGGGAAAAUUCAUAUGGCCCUUUUGAAACAAUUUCUAUCUGAUAUUGAAGUGGAGCUCAACAACGAAUCUUUGCCUCAUCAGAGUAAAUCUUGCAAUUAUCUUGCAUUGCUUCACAUGGUGGCUGGCGCAAGAGGCUGGACAGCGACGGAAACGGGGCUCAACGGUGCGUGGGCUCGACGCUACAAAUCUUUCUUCUAA